AUGCCUCAAUCAAUGGAUCUCAGUAGAAGCCCAUUGAGGGAGAAUCUCGAGUCCCCCAAAUCACACAGAAUCACAGAAUCGCAGCCCAUUGAGCCAUCUAGUGAGCUUUCUGAAAAGGAUGUUCCCCCCAAAGACUCAGAAUGGAACACUCGAUCAUGCCUUGCAAUCAUUGGCGCAUUCUCGAUAAUGUUCUGCUCGGUAGGCUUCAUAAAUGCUUUUGGAGUCUUCCAAGAAUACUAUGCGAAAAACAUGCUGGCCGAUAAAUCUGCAUCUGAUAUUUCUUGGCUAGGUUCCUUCAAUGUCUUUUGCAUGUUUGGUGGGACAUUCGCUGCUGGAUAUCUCAAUGAUAUAUAUGGACCAAAGCCCUUGGUAUAUGGAGGCAGUAUCACGAUGCUAUUGGCUCUGUUUAUGACUUCUCUUUGCAAAGAGUAUUAUCAAUUCUUCCUUGCGCAAGGAUUCUUAUUUGGUAUCGGUAUUGCAUCUGUUCUCCUCCCGGCAUUUACCAUCGCGGCACACUAUUUCACCCAAUAUCGAGGCCUGGCAAUUGGUAUUGUGGUAUCGGGGUCGUCAUUGGGAGGUGUCAUUUGGCCAAUUGCUCUAAACAAACUCCUGGUCCAAGUUGGUUUUGGAUGGGCCCUUCGAAUCGUUGCUUUUAUUGAACUUCCCUUAUUGAUCAUCGGAUGUCUCUCGGUCAGAGCACCUAUCCAAAAGGCUGGUCAUGUCAAAGCAAAACCGGACUUCUCCUGCGUCAAGAACCCUGUCCUUAUUUUACUUGCCACUGGACUUUGCCUAGUCUACUUUGGUCUCUUCACGCCUUUGUAUUAUAUCGAGCCAUGGGCCUUGUCUCUUGGAUUGGAUAGCAACUUUGCAUUCUACACAGUCAGCAUUGUCAAUGCAGCUAGUUUGUUUGGUCGCAUUCUACCUGGUCUAUUGGCGGAUCGAUUUGGCUGCUAUAACGUCGCUGUCAUUACUGCCAUUUCCUCUGGUCUAGUCUGUACAUGCAUGGUAAAAGCAACUUCUGUAGCUGGAAUCAUCAUCUUUUCUUUGGCUUAUGGAUUUACUUCGGGAGCUAUCAUUAGUCUUCAGGGAGUUUGUGCAGCGAAACUAGUGCCACCAACUCAAUUCGGUGUUGCCAUGGGUUUUGUCAUGAGUUUCCUUUCCAUCGCCGGCCUUGUGGGUCCACCUAUAAAUGGGCAAAUUCUUGAAGUUUGGGGAUAUCUUGGAAUGUCGCUCUUUUCUGGAUUACUGAUGAUCGUGGGUGGUUUGAUAAUUCUUGUCGCACGGCUCAAGCUCAACAAGCAAAUACUGGCGAAGGCUUAG